CCUCCGGCAGACCGGAGCAGAGGCGGACGGGAAUCGGCGUGUUGGAGUGUCUGUCACCGGUUAAAACUUCUCGGAGCUCUUGUUUGAACCUUUCAUUACUUUCUUCCUGUUUCUUUUUGGGUCUAAAAGACAAAUGAGGCGAGAAAAAGCGAGGAGAAAGAAGAAGAAGUGACGGCGGGCUCUCCAUCAGCGCGUAUUCCUCACCCUCUCCUCACCCCGUACCUGCUCCGAGCGUUCGGGCUUCCAGCCAGCAAGAGAUGAAAAGCUGCCAAUGAGCGAAUGCUACGAUAAGUCCCAGCCAUGGCUGCCCAUCGAAUCAUCAGAGUGACAAACAACAACCACAUCCUUCCUCGCUGUAAGUCUGAGGGGACGCUCAUUGACCUCAGUGAAGCAGUCACUGGAGCAAGUCUCAAUGAUGUAAAAGUGCCUUCUCCAAGUGCCUUAAGACUUGACACUUCAGCCUCCUAUGGAGCUGCACAGGAAGUGGUUGCCAUUAAGGAUUAUUGCCCCAGCAGCUUCACCACGUUGAAAUUCUCCAAAGGUGAUCGUCUCUAUGUGUUGGACACGUCAGGUGGAGAGUGGUGGUAUGCCCACAACAACACGGAAAUGGGCUACAUCCCAGCCGCCUAUGUCCAGCCGGUCAACUUCAGGAACUCCUCGCUUAGCGACAGUGGGAUGAUCGACAGUCUUGGGGAAGGAUACGAGGAUGGGUCCAAGGAGUUUGGUGGUUUGGGGGAGUGGACAGAGAUGAGCCUUAAGCCCUCCCCAAUUAACAACAACAGCCCCUUCUCUGUGAACCCCUUUAUCUGUCCGUUAGAUCAAAACUGUAAAGACACAGGUGUAAGGAACUCAGCAGAUCUUAUCUUGUUUGAUGCACUGGCAUCUCCGUCAUCUUGCUCCAACUUUAACACUAGUACAAUCAUGACCAAUGGGUUCAGCAGCUGCCACGUUAACAAUACCACCCCCACCAGCCCAAACCAAGAGGAUGCACCUAACCUCCACAGGGAUAACCCAUUUUUCAGGAGUAAACGUUCCCACAGUCUCUCAGAACUCUCAGUCCUGCAGGCACAGUCAAAUCCAACCUUACCCUCCUCUGGAUUCUUUACGGGCCUUAAGGCUCCGUCACCGGAGCAGUUUCAGAGCAGGGAGGACUUUAGGACUGCUUGGUUGAACCACAGAAAGCUAGCCAGAUCUUGCCAUGACCUUGACUCUCUGGGUCAGAGUCCUGGAUGGGGCCAGACGCAGCCGGUGGAGACGAACAUUGUGUGCAUGUUGGACAGCAAUGGCGGAGUUGUUCAGCUCCCGGACACCCACAUCAGUGUGCACAUCCCUGAAGGCCAUGUCAGCAAUGGAGACCACCAGCAGAUCUCCAUGAAAGCCUUAUUAGACCCUCCUCUGGAGCUCAACAGUGACCGCUGCUCCACCGUCAGCCCUGUGGUGGAGAUCAAGCUCAGCAACAUGGAAACCAAGUCCUUCAUCACGUUGGAAAUGAAGGUAUUGGUAACUGUCAAGAAGGAGAGCUGUCACACUGCAGAGGUGCUUUGUGUUCGAAGCGACUGCAAAGAAGGACCUUACACGCCCAUCCCUAAUGCUUACAUUUACAAGGAUACCGUCCAGGUCCAGUUGGAUAGUCUAGAGCCUUGUAUGUAUGUGGCGGUUGUGAUUCAGUCCCAGUAUAUCAGCCACAAUAUGACUGUUUGGGACCAUGUGCAGAGGAAAGUAACUCUGGGUGUCUAUGGACCCAAGCACAUUCACCCUUCCUUCAAGACAGUUGUUGCCAUGUUUGGGCAUGACUGCGCCCCCAAGACCUUGUUGGUAAGCGAAGUGGGCCGACAGGCUAGUUCCACCCCGCCAGUGGCCCUCCAGUUGUGGGGGAAGCACCAGUUCGUGCUGGGGUACCCUCAGGACCUCCAGGUGGGAUUGUACUCUAACAUGUCCAACUACCAGGUGAAGGCGACUGAGGGUGCAGGUGUGAUUCGAGGAUUUCAGGUCAAAUUGGGGAAAGUCAGUAGGCUCCUGUACAUGAUCACAUCGCACAACCCAAACAGCAUCUCAGACUUCACUCUCAGGGUCCAAGUUAAAGACGCCCUUGACUGUAUCCUCACCCAGUUCUGUGUGCAAACUCCACAGCCUCCUCCAAAGACCGGAACGAGGAUAACAGGCCAGAGGAGGUUUCUGAAAAAGAAAGAGGUGGAUAAGAUUGUCCUCUCGCCACUGGCUGUCACUUCCAAAUACCCAAAGUUUCAGGACCGGUGCAUUACCAACCUUAAAUUUGGCAAGCUGAUCAAAACCGUGAUUAGGCAGCACAAGAGCACGUAUCUGUUGGAGUACAAGAAGGGGGAUGUUAUUGCUUUGCUCAGCGAGGAGAAAAUCAAACUGCGAGGGCAACUUAGGACCAAAGAGUGGUACAUCGGAUACUAUCAGGGAAAGAUAGGCCUUGUCCAUGCCAAGAAUGUUUUAGUUCUGGGUAAGGUCAAGCCUAUUUAUUGGUGUGGGCCAGACCUAACGACCACAAUGUUGCUGGAUCAGAUCUUGAAGCCUUGCAAAUUUCUUACGUACAUCUACGCAACAGUGAGGAUGGUUUUAAUGGAGAAUGUUGGAAGUUGGAGGGCAUUUGCAGAUGCUCUUGGGUACGGGAAUUUGCCACUGAAUUAUUUUUGCCGGACCGAGUUGGACAAUGAGCCGGAGAAAGUGGCGUCGGUUCUGGAGAAACUCAAAGAGGAGUGUAUGAACAUGGAGAACAAGGAGAGGAAGUCCUUCCAGAGGGAACUCAUGAUGGCGUUGCUGAAGAUGGACUGCCAGGGUCUGGUUGCCAGACUGGUCCUGGAUUUCGUCUUGCUGACCACGGCAGUGGAGGUGGCGUCCCGUUGGAGGGAACUGGCCGAGAAACUUGCUCGAGUGUCCAGACAGCAGAUGGAGGCUUACGAGGCUCCGCACCGCGACAAGAACGGUCUAUUGGACAAUGAGUCCAUGUGGAAGCCAGCCUACGACUUCCUCCUGACUUGGGCCGCCCACGUGGGGGACAGCUACCGAGACAUCAUCCAGGAGCUCCACCUCGGCCUGGACAAGAUGAGGAACCCCAUCACCAAGAAGUGGAAGCACCUGACCGGCACCUUAAUCCUCGUCAACUGCCUCGAUAACCUCCGCAGUGCCGCCUUCUGUCCCACCGGAUAUGGAGAUUUUGCUGUGUGAACAUUUUCAUCCAACCCGGAGAACACUUUUAAAAAGUCUGUGAGGGUCAUCUUCUUCGGGACAUGGUUGGAGUUACUGGAACUUCUUGGUCCUAAGAUUCAUCUGAACCCUGUGAACAUUCACUGUUUUUGUGCCGGUUUGGGAUGGAUGUCAGGGAUCAAACUUUGGACCGUUCUGUCCAGGGUGUCUGGUGAAUCUCUAGGCAUCCCUCAGCCUUUGAUCUUCAGGUCAGAUCGGUACAGUCUCUUGUUUGGAGCCACGGAUCGGCACCGAGGAAGAACCCACUGUGGGUUCUUGUGAAGCGCCAGAUGUAGAAAAGCCCUUGGAUGAUUUCUGGCAUUGUUUAGGUCAACGUGAAACUGGAAGAUCUGCCUCUUUAUGCCUCUUGUUACAUUCGUCCUGCUUUCUCUUUCCUUUUACUCUUCUCCAUCUCUUUUCUACCUCACCUUUUGUUUUUAUCGCUUCCUGUCUCGCUCGCGUUCUUUGUCUCUUUUACACGAUAAACGUUUCUCUUCCUUUUGCUCCAAUUAAUUACUGUUCAUAUGAUUUGUAUUUUUUUGUUACGACAUCUCUCUGUCCACUUUUUCCUUCACCCCUCAGGACAACAUCAGAGACCUCAACCACUGCAGUACACAACCACACAUACUGUGAACUUUCCACCAUCUAUGAAAGCUGAUUGCACCACCAUAGUCAACUGAUCACGCUCACAAACCUUUGCUGGCAGUUUUUAUUCUUUAACUCCCUUUCUACGGCAUUUUCUUGUGGUAAAUUCAAUAAAAAAGAAUCAGAAAUGGUUUAAUAUGUUUAAAUAUUACGAUCAUUUGUCAGUAAUUAGCUUGCCAAAAAGCCCAGUGUUAACUUUACAUGUGACUCAGUGUAGUCCAUGCAGUAAAGGUACAUAAGCCCAUAUCUGUUUAUGCAAGAUAUACUUAUAUUUUUUUAUACUUGCAGAACAAUACAGAUUACGUAUUAUCGACAGUGUUAUUAUUUUGUACUGCUCUUGGUUUGGAUUUCCCUUGUGUGCUGUAGUUUCACCUGUGACUAGAUUCAGAUUUUUGUACUUGAACUGUUCCGUCCCUCCACCCUCGGUAUGUUCUGUCCAGCUAAAAACAAAAAAGCAUGGCUCUGAGUUUUUAGCCGAACAUUCAAAUUGAGUUCCCUGUGCAAAAGCGAAUGCUAUGUACUUCAACAGCUAGCUUGUUAGCUCGCUAACACUAGGCAAUGCAUCUGAUUUAAAACUUUUGCACACACAGAUGUUUUGAUUGAUCGAAGAUUAUGUGGUGAGGAUGAAACUAAAGUGUAUUUACAUGUUAAACACAGUGGUCUACUACGGAGUAUGAGCAUCUGGUAUACCCACUUCUAAAUGCCCUCUGGUGCACAUCAAUCAAAAGUGUUAUGCGAGCUGAAUUUUUGUCCUAGGAUGGGGAAGGCAUCAGAUUGACGGAGUAAGGAUUACGUCACUCAGAAUACAUAACUAUGUGGUGGUCUCACUUGUAUUGAUCGCAAAAUCUGCACUUCUUCUGCGGCUAAUGUGAAAAUCAGAAUGAUCCUCCCUCCCCAGCAGAAUUUAGGUGACAAUCUGCAACUGGCCCCUUUUUGGAAGAGCUAAAUAUGCAAGAGUAGUCUAACAUGUCACUGUUCAUAACACAGGGUGUUUAUACUUUGCUGGGCGGGUCACCCGCUCCUCCAGGCACCACUACACCACUGGUUAAACAUGUUAAAUAUUUUAAUGUUUAAAAUUAAACUAGAAAUUCCUGCUAAAGGUGCUGUUGAUUUGUGUUUUUCAUGUAAGUUUGGACGUUUUCCUAACUUUCUGACAACGUGCAGCAUUACUAUAAUUAUUUAUCUGAAGUAUUGAGGGAAUGUUAGUAUUUUAAUUAAAGACACAUCAGCUGUUAGAGUCCAAAACAGUUUACUGCUUCAAUAAAUUAAAUGUGACUUUAAACUGUGAAAACCGGAAGUACCGGAAAUAUUUGUAGUUUUUGUUAAAUUUAUAUUUAAAGAAGGCUUUUGUCUCUGAUUUUGUGAUCUCAGCAAGUGUAAUCAAUCAGCUUUGAUGCUUUUAUUUUUAAUUUUCUUUCUUUCACUCUGUGGUUUUUCUUGUUUCUUUACAGUACGUUUUGUGACUGCUGCAGUGUUCCCGUAUGUUUGCAAUAUGGUCUGAACAGAAAAUCUGUAAGGAGUUUAUAUAUUUGUACUGAACGCCGAUUGACAGGUUCUUAUGUGAUGUAUCGCCUGUGACAGGUCGCAGAUCUGAAACCUGUUCAGUGUUUCUGUUGAGAAGGUUUCAAUAAAACUGAAAAUUCAAAACAAAA